AUGUAUACCCCAACUGCAUUUUUUCACGAUCUCUUAACUGGCAUGGAAAUUAAAAGCGAGUUCAAUGGAUGCAGUGAUGACUCUUUUCAUGAAGAUCAUCUAAGGAAAUCCAUCAACAAGACUGGAGAAACAACAACUGAACCUGAAACCACCUUGGACAUGAAGAAAGUGAAACAGCAAACAUGCCAUGUUUGUGGAAAAAUCCUUUCUUCUGCAGCUAGUUACUAUGUCCAUUUGAAACAGCAUUCAAAUAAUAAACCUUACAAAUGUAGUAUGUGUCAGGUUGCAUUUUGUAGAAAACCAUACUUGGAGGUGCAUAUGAGAACACACACAGGAGAGAAACCUUUUGAAUGUGAGAUUUGCAACAAACGCUUCACUCAAAAGUCUAGUCUCAAUACCCAUAAAAGAAACCACACAGGACUGAGACCAUUUGUUUGUGAAAUAUGUUUCAAACGCUUCUCCAUUAAAUCUUAUCUAGUUGCCCAUCAGUAUAGUCAUGUUGCAUCUAAUGGUGUUUCAUGUAAAGUUUGCCAAAUGAGUUUCAAUAAUAGAAGUGAAUAUAUACGUCACAUAGAAUCUCAUAAAAGUAAAGAAUUCCAAUGUAAAUAUUGCCCUCGAUUUUUCUCAAAAGAAUCAUAUUUGAUAAGGCAUAUGAAUAGGGUUCAUUGUAAGAGGAAUUCUGAAGAAAGGUAUUGA